AUGCAGCAGAGACAAAUCGACAAAUGCAAACACAAAACGUCCGUCAGAGGUCUUAACAGAAGCACACUGUAUUCUCUGAUUGAAUCAUUUUGACUUUAACUUGCCCAUCCCCCCGCAGCUGAGAAUCUGAAUGACCUGACUGCGUCAUGUGUGACCUGUCCCUCAACUUUAGUGGGAAAGCCUGGCACAGCUUCAUGUGUCCUUUGCCAGGAGACAUUUUAUGCUGUGUCAGGUACAUGCACCUGUCCAGAUGAGCUCCUGCUGGGUGGGCUGUGCUUCAAUGACACGCGCACCGCAGCUGUGCAGGGUAGUGUACCCCCAGCCUCCAUUUGGUUCAGAUUAUACUUGGAUUCCAGCUUCCUGGCCUGCUCAAUUUAUAACAAUGCAACUGCUUGCCAGCUUCUCACUAAUAUGGUCCUGCUGGACCCAGCAGGAGAGAACUCUAAAGCCUUCAAUCUUUACAACAGAGCAUCUUCACAAUCCCCGCCUCUGCAGUUCCUGCCGCAGCUGUUUUAUAGUGAGUCUCUGUCCCUGGAACAGACGGCCCCCACCGGACUGACUUUCCUCUCCAACUCCCAGAUUAACCUGAAGGUUGUGAAAUUUGAUGCCAGAGGCAGCUUUCUUGGAUGGGAGGAUGUACUGGGUGGAACCCUGCAGCUUUGUCCAGACACCCAGCAAAGACUGGAUGCAGCAUAUCUCUUUGGGACAACUUAUCUGCAAUCUUGUUCCAUUGCAGUUAUGGAGCUGCUCUCCAGAUAUCCUGAACCAGUGUUCUAUCAGCUCUUCCUGAAAUACCGGGACAGACAGGGAGUGGACAUGGUGUGGCCUAUCCCUGUCCAGCAUCUCAAUCAGGUGUCCAGCCCAGACGGAUCCAUGGCUGUGCGGCGGUUCUUCCUGGUGGACGGACUGACAGGAAGAGACCGCAGCGUGACUCAGCAGCCUCUGUCCGUCCGCUAUCUCAGCCGCCUGUUGCUGCGUGUGAACGUUCCAACCAGCAGCCCAGCAGCCACACCACCCUUCCAGCUACUGGUUGAGUACAACACAGUCAAUGACCCAGCCAACGCAGUGGCCCAGGUGUCAUUCGCUGUGACCUACAGCAUGAGCGAAGAGGACAUGCGGAGGGGCACUGCAAUAUCUCUUGGGGUGCUGGGGGUCCUGUCCCUCCUCCUCGCCAUGCUGGAGACGAGCAGCUGGAGUCAGAGAGCGGGACAGCAGUACAUCAGUCUGACCGUCAUUGUGAAGUUCCUUGCCUUUCUCAUUGGCAAUCUCGCCAACGCGUUCUUCCUUGUGUCCUUUGGGACAAGUGUAUACUGGCUGAUCGCAUUUAAGGGCCAGAGAUCGACAGUUAACAUGGUGCUGCCCUCUUCUGGUGGAACUGUGGAAACAGAUUUCAUCAUCUUUCUGUCCUUGGCAUUUGUCUUCAAAGCCUUGCAGGUGAUACACAUGCUCAUCGUCCAGGUGUCCAUCUCCAUUUUCCUCAUCGACUGGGAGAAGCCCAGAAAUGCAGCCAAUGCCUCAGCAGGCCUUGGUGUCAGUGCCUGGAGGAUUUUCUUUGUGGCCAAUGAGUGGAAUGAGAUCCAGACCGCAAGAAAACUGAAUCCACUGCUGCAGCUACUCACUGUUCUCUUAAUACUACAGGUGAUUGGGGUGGAGAACAUCGCAUCCAGGGACCUUAACCUAGUGUUACAGCCAGAGGGCGCACGGUACUCCGCCCCCACCAGCCCCAUCCUCAGAUUCGGCCUCAGCGCCUCCGUCUGGCUGGCUGUGGGCCUAGCGCAGGUCCUCUUUUACCUGGUUAUCUACGAGCGCUUUGUGGAGGACAGAGUCCGUCAGUUUGUGGACCUCUGCGGCCUGAGUAAUGUGUCUGUGUUUAUUCUUGCGCACCGUUGCUAUGGUUACUACAUCCACGGCCGCUCGGUGCACGGACACGCCGACGUCAGCAUCGAGGCGGUGAGAGCCAACCUGAGGAGGGAGGAGGCCAACCUCUGUGCCUUGAGGGGCCUGGAGCCGAACUCUGACAUCCAGACCUUUGAGAUCGCCCUGACGGACCGAGUGAGGCAGCAGCUGGACAGAAUCAUGCUGUCGCUCACAGAGGCUUCAGGGGCCCGGGGCCGGAGCACUGGGGCUGAGGGGCCACAGGAGCCGCAGGAGCAGACCACUAAGGCCUAUCACGCCAUGAAAUACUUCCUCUCCUCUUUCUUGGAGCAUGCCCACAAAGACAUGGAUUACAUCGUGAAGGACAAGUUGCUCUUGGAGAGGAUAAUGAAGUAUGAAUUCCAGCGACCAGUAGAGAGGACCAUCUUCUACAGAGAUCCGGACGGUGUUUCCUUCACGAACGUCCUGUACUUUAGUAAUGAGCUGACUCUGCUGCUCUUUGACACGCUGCUCUUCUGCAUCAUUGAUCUGGGCUCCCAGAACCUAGUGCUGGCUACUGUCCUCACCUAUGCAGUUCAGCAGGUUUUAGACUGCGUGCGGUAUUACAUCUCCAGGCGCAACGUGUCAGAGAAGACCCUGGUGGACCAGCGUUUUCUGAUCUAGAGGUGACUCACUGCAUCGCAGUGCGCUGGUGACUUUGUGCCUGGGAACUUCGCACUGAGGCGCUGAGGCGUACGCACAGCGCCCCUCCUCAGCCAUGGAGCUAAUGGAGGAGUCAUGUCUCCUAGAUCCGCUCAAGGGGCUUCCCAGCGCGACAGUGCCUGAAUGCCUUUAUAUCUUUUAUAUCUACUUUUAUAUCUGAGAUACUCCAAAUCUUGUCAUCAGCUCUGUGAUUUCAGGAAUUUUCUGCCAUGGAUGCCAUGGAUUUAUUGUGUCAAACGUUGGGAGAUCUUUUAUUCUUGUAGCUCUCCUUUCACUCCUGGUUUCAAAAGCACUUGUUUCAGUGUGCUCAAUUUUGUAUUGAUGAAUAGUUCUGAGAGCUUGACUAUUUUUUUACUGCGUCACUGUUUCUCAUGCGUAUUAGCACUGAUGGCUGAACAAAUUUUUUGUCGCAUAAACAAAUCAUAUUUUAGGGAGAAUGUCUGUGGGUAUUUCUUGAAAAUGAGGAUUGAAACUGCAUAGCCGUAUACGGACUCUUCUCCAGAUCCCUGAACAUUUGUAACUGUACAAACUGCUUACUGCGUGCUGUCAUAAUUCAUUUAUUCAGGUGAAUUGUGUCUGUUCUCUAAUCUUAAGGACAUAUCAUGAUAUCAUGCUACUGGAACAUAAUUACCAGAUAAUUUAAUGCCAUUUGUGCACCUGUUAAGCAACAUAUAUUUACACAGGGGAUAUUUUAAUUAUACUUUUAAAUAAUCUCCUUCAAACAAUGUUUUUCAUAUUCUUUUGUGCCUAUUAAUAUUCAAGUGGCAGAAACAACAAUAAUAAAAUAAAAUACAAGAUUACAA